ACAAGGAAGGCACCGGCUCCCCAAAGUCGCGCGCGCGGGCGCGCACUUUCAACUCCAGGAGAGAGACUCGCUCAGAACCAGCGUCCACACCCACAUCUGGACCGCCCUAGCUAGCGGCGGAAUCCCACCCGGCCAAAUGAAUUCUAAGGGUGCUCUCCCGCCCCCGCUAUCCCUCCACUCCCGCGUGCCUCUGCCAGCAACUGCUGUUGCCUUAUAAGGCGGGGCCGGGAGGCGCCAGGGGAGUGGCCGCGGCCGCCCCAGCCCCUCCGGGCCGGGGCCAGCAGCUGGGACCCGCUACCCAGCGCAGCGCAGCCGGGCGGAGGAGCGCACACAGCAGGCCAUGGGCAAGUCAGCUUCCAAACAGUUUAAUAACGAGGUCCUGAAGGCCCACAACGAGUACCGGGCUCAGCACGGUGUCCCCCCACUGAAGCUUUGCAAAAAGCUCAACCAGGAAGCUCAGCAGUAUUCAGAGGCCCUGGCCAGCACAAGAAUUCUCAAGCACAGCCCGGAGUCCAGUCGUGGCCAGUGUGGGGAGAACCUGGCGUGGGCAUCCUACGAUCAGACAGGAAAGGAAGUGGCUGACAGGUGGUACAGUGAAAUCAAGAACUACAACUUCCAGCAGCCUGGCUUCACCUCGGGCACUGGACACUUCACAGCCAUGGUAUGGAAGAAUACAAAGAAGAUGGGUGUGGGCAAGGCAGCUGCCAGUGACGGCUCCUCCUUUGUGGUGGCCAGAUACUUUCCAGCAGGCAACGUUGUCAACCAGGGCUUUUUCGAAGAAAAUGUCCCGCCUCCAAAGAAGUAACUUACACCACCAAAUGUAAUGAAACGGUGGAGACACACAUGUGCCAUUAGAACAACAAAAAGCAGAAUGUCUGUCCCUGUGGGUGUGUGUACUUGUGCAUCUCUUGUUCACACACUCGGUAGACAGCGGCGAGUGAGCUCAUUCUGAUUCAAGGGUGGGCAACUGAAACAUUCAUCCAGGGCUUACCCAGACACAGUUACUUAGAUUUGGGUAAGAGUAAUUCUGGCAUCUUUUAUUUUAUUUUUUAAACAGACUUCUUUUGAAUCUUUUUUCUAAUAUCCAUCCUCGGACUUUGUGUAGUCUGAAUAUUUGCCAUUCUGAGAGGUGAGGUUGUUUUACAUGAUCUUCUGCGUUGUAAUCUCCUUUAGGCUGAUCACUGAAGAGUAUUAAACCUUCCUUUAAAUGUGA